GUUAAUGACAGCGACGCGGACGAGUGCAACAUAACCUAAAUUAAACAUUUAUCCAGAAAUUGAAUUUUUAGAACAAAAAUCAUACUUUUAUACUUUUUUUUUUAUUGUUUAAAUUACAAAAGCAAUUUAAUUCACUCAAUUACGGGCUGCCGAUCGAAAUGGCGGCUCAGAAUUUUUUAUUGCGAAGCUGUUUGCUUUGGAAUGGCGGCGGCAAGUUAAUUUUAAAUAACAGAUUCAAUCACAUCAUUGUGCCUCAACAACCAUUCCUGGGUCUUAAAACAGAUUCCCAAUCAACGGUGGUCAUCCCUAAAAAACCGAAAAAACCUCUUACAGGCUAUUUUAAGUUUAUAGUCGAGAAACGCCCCAUUCUCUUAAAAGAAAAUCCCACUGUACCCAAUACUGAGGCAAUAAAGAUCCUCGCUGCCCAAUGGCGAGAAUUAGCACCGUCAGAAAAAACCAAAUAUGAACAAGAGGCUUUACAACUAAGGCAGCAAUAUGACCAAGAGCUCUUAGAUUAUAAUGCUCACCUCACUCCAGAACAAGAAGAGAAAAUAAAAGAAAUCGAAUCGGAUGCGAAGGAAGAAAAAAAAAAGAGGAAGUUGAAGAAAGAGAUGAAGGAAAUGGGAAAACCCUUGAAACCUCUUACAUCAUUUGGCUUGUUCGCUCAACCCCAUCUUAUUGGCCAAAGGAAUAUUAUAGAAGUGAUAACUGACCUUAAAAAAAAAUGGGCAGAAAUGCCUGAAGUAGAAAAGGAACAGUACCACGUACAAUACUUAAAGCAUAAAGACGCUUACGACAAGGAGUUGAAGAAAUGGGAGCAAAAGAUGAUAAACAUGGGCAAGAGUCAUCUAGUGAGAGCCAAGACACUUAAUGUCAAGGAGAGUUCUAAAAAAAAGAAUCCACAAUAGGGGUACGAGUGUCUUCAUGGAUCUGCCUCGGGAAAUGAAGGCACUGAUGAUAUAAAAGUAAUAGAAACUUUUAAAGAUCCUAUAAAUGUUUCUAUGGAAAAUCGGAGAGAGGAGGCGGAAAGUAGUGCUGUAAAUAGAGACUCGAAAAGUGCGAAACUGGUGAAUAAACUAAAAAAGUGGUUUAAGUUUUAAGUCGCAAUUAUUAGUUUUUAUCAUUAAAUCUUUCAAUUUUCUACUAAUAAACUAUGUUUUUGUGUUUGUA